UUGACAAGACCUAUCGAGAGACCACGUCUACAGCCAAGAGAAAGGGACAGCUGUGCACAUGAGAACGAGGACUGAAAUUCGAACCAACUAGCGCAAUGAAAGAGAAAUAGGACAAAGAGAACCAGAUUCGGACACCGGUCUCUCAAUGCAAUAUAAAGUUUAGCGAAUAAAAAAGAAUCGCUGCCCUAUACAGAAACAGUCAGUACGUUGCAUCAUUAAUCGAUGCAGGAUUUGUUUAUAUUUUGAUAAACUUCAGUAUUGUCCAGUUCCCGUGAAAUUUGAACCACAAAAGUAGUUGGCGCUUUUUUGUUUUAAAAGCGUGGUUGUGUUUUGACUGUUACAAAGAUCAACCAAAGUUAACCGAGAGUAAUACUACACGUAUUUUCAUCGAAAGGACUCAUCCACUGAAGAAUGAUUUGGAGCAGGUUUACGGAGCUGUCGCUCAUAUUCUUGGGCUUUCUGUGCCUGCACAAAGCGACCUCAAAACAAGACCCGAAACCCGAGGCAUGGCUACAGCAAUAUGGUUACUUGCCACCUGGUGAUCUCCGGACACACACUGCUCGCUCUCCACAGACUGUCUCCUCUGCCAUUUCUACCAUGCAGAGAUUCUAUGGCCUGAAAAUCACUGGCAACAUGGAUCCCGCUACUCUUACGGCAAUGAAGAGGCCCCGCUGUGGCGUCCCAGACAAGUUUGGAACAGAACUGAAGAGCAACCUGAGAAAGAAGCGCUACGCGAUCCAGGGCCUGAAGUGGGAUAAAAAUGAUGUCACAUUUUGUAUACAGAACUACACACCAAAGGUUGGGGAGUACGAGACCUUUGAGGCAAUCAGAAAAGCCUUCAAAGUGUGGGAAAGGGUUACCCCUCUGCGAUUCAGAGAGAUCCCUUACAGUUACAUCAGAGACAAGGUUGAAAACUUUGCAGACAUCAUGCUCUUUUUUGCUGAUGGUUUCCAUGGUGAUGCCAGUCCAUUUGAUGGUGAAGGAGGCUUCUUGGCCCAUGCCUACUUCCCUGGAAAUGGCAUUGGAGGGGAUACACAUUUUGAUGCAGCAGAACCUUGGACAAUAGGCAACCGUGAUCUGUUGGGUAAUGACGUGUUCCUUGUGGCUGUUCAUGAGCUGGGUCACGCCCUGGGUUUGGAACACUCCAAUGACCCCUCUGCCAUCAUGGCCCCCUUUUACCAGUGGAUGGACACAGAGAACUUUGAACUUCCUGAAGAUGAUCGAAGAGGCAUUCAGCAGCUUUAUGGUCCAAACACCGGAGGCGCUCCACAACCACCUGUCACCCCUCAGACACCCCACCACACCCCAUACCCCACACCACACAGGCCAAGUGGACCUAGCUUUGGCCCUGAUAUCUGUGAGGGCCAUUUUGACACCAUUGCCAUUUUCAGAGGAGAAAUGUUUGUAUUUAAGGAUAAGUGGUUCUGGCGUGUCCGUAAUAAUCGAGUUAUGGAAAAUUACCCCAUGCCAAUUGGACAUUUCUGGAGAGGUCUGCCGACAACUAUUAAUGCUGCCUAUGAAAGAGAAGAUGGAAAAUUUGUCUUCUUCAAAGGGGACAGGCAUUGGGUGUUUGAUGAGUCAAACUUGGAAUCAGGUUACCCAAAGACCCUAAGAGAGAUGGGCAAUGGUCUCCCUAAGGACAGACUGGAUGCAGCCCUCUUGUACACCCCAACUGGCAACACGUACUUCUUCAGAGGAAACAAAUAUUAUCGUUAUAAUGAAGACACGAAUACAGUGGAUUCAGACUACCCCAAACCUAUGAGUAAAUGGCAAGGUGUUCCAGACAACAUCAAGGCUGCCUUCAUGAGUCGAGAUCAAAGUUACACUUACUUCUACAAAGCCAAUAAGUACUGGAAGUUUAAUAACCAGUUAUUAAGAGUGGAGCCUGGAUACCCCAAGUCUGCACUUAAAGAUUGGAUGGGUUGUUCUAAUGAAGAGCCCAAAACUAAUGGUGACGGAGGAAGUGAAGACAAGACUGAGGAUGAGGGCACAAAGGAGGAGACAGAAGUGAUCAUACUUGAGGUUGAAGAUGCACCCAGCAGCAGUGGAGGGGUGGCAGCUGUCGUGGUGCCACUUGUGCUCCUGGUAUGCGUGAUCUUCACGCUCGGAGCGCUGCUCUUCUUCCGUAGGUAUGGCACACCGAGACGCUUGCUCUACUGCCAACGCUCCCUAUUGGACAAGGUUUAAAGGUCUAAAGAAGGGAGAACAGUGGAAAGAAGUGGAGAAGAGGAGAGAAUUAAGAGAAUACAAGAAGGGGAUUUAUAGAAGCAGUACAAAAAGAGAAGCGCAAGUCAAAAAGGGACUCUUUAUCGUUUACUUUAAAAAUGACGCCACUCUUUUUUUAUAUUUUGUAACUAGUGGUCUUAAAGGGUUGGUUCAUCCAAAAAUGUAAAUUCUGUCAUAAUUUACUGAUUUAUUGUUGUUCAUACCUGUUUGUAUUUCUCUCCCCUCUUCUCUCACUGUUUUUCUUUUCUUUCCCUUCUGGUGUAGUACAUGACGUCAGCUCAUCGCUGUUUGUUUAGCCUUUUUUUAAAUGUCAUUUUAUAGUUGUGGUUGUUGUAUGUCUGACUCAUGAAUUCUUACCCUCUGUCAAAAACAGAGGGUAAGAAUUCUCUGUUUUGUCCAGAUGUUGACAGACUUUCAGAAGACUUUGUACUUAUCUCAGGUUGAUGCAACCUCACUUCCAUAUCAAGAACCAAAAUUAACCAUGGUACUAUCAUGGAUAUUCUCAUGUGGUACCAUGAUACAUAGUUCUCAGAGUCAUGGAAAACCUGAAUGUGUCAGGGAAUUUUUAAAUCGUGAUUUCUAGAUUUAGAAAAGUUGUAGUAAUCUCUAUAUUGAGGAUACCAUUUUUCUCUUUUUGCUCUGCUAUAUUCUGUUGGCAAGAAAUUGAUCUUAGUAAGUACAGUUUCACAAAAUGUUUUACAUAUUUUUCAACAUCCUUCAUUUGUCAAAAGGAAUAGGAACCCUGAUGGUACUGGACAUGUACAUGGCAAUACCAUGAUAUUCUUUCAAUAUCUCCACAUAUUCAUGUUACCAUGGAACAUCAAUAUCGUAACAUUCAUUACCAUGGUAUUAUCAGAUACCAUCACUGUACAUGGUGCCACAACAGUACUAUUUGUAAUGGUUCCCAGAUGCACAGUUCAAAAGGAAUAGUUCAUCCAAAUCUUCUGUCAUAAUUUACUCACCUUCUUGUUCUUCCAAAUCCUGAACUAUCCCAUUAAACACAAGAAUAGCAAAGGGCUGCUGUCUCUGUGCCCUUCCCACCCCAUGCAACAGUUUAAAGAAUCAAAGAACUACCAUUUCAAAGAUAAUUGAUACUUAACCCACUGCCAGUGCCUUUAGAAGUCUGCAAAGCUGUGCUGUCUGUCUGUGUCCUCAAGUAGUAUGGAUUUAUAUUGUACUGUAUUUUAAAUAAUUACUAUUAUUGAUAAUGAUGAUGUCAUUAUCAUUAUGACUAUUAGCAUUGUUAUUGUUCACCAUGACAAGAAUGUGUUUAUUAUUAUUAUUAUUAAUAUUGUCAUUAAAAUGUCCUGCUGGACAGGCAAAAAUUGAUGUCUUAUGAAGUGGCCUUAAUUUUGGGGAAAGUGAAUGGGUGGGUUUUUAUAUUUUUGAACUGAAAUAAAUUAAAAAUAUGAAUUUUCACUGCUUGUGUUUACAAUUAUUCAAAACUUGUGGUGCUUUUUUUUAUUUAAUUUUUUAGCUUGGAAUAUAAAAUUUGUGGGGGAAAAACAAUAAUACUAAUAAUAAUUGAAUGAUGAUGAUCAUUAUCUUAAAAAAUGUAUUGUGCUUGUGAAGU